CCCCUUCGGCCCUUCCCCACCCAAAACGCACCCCAACUCGCUGCAACCACACCAUCAACGCCGGAUUCAAACCACUCCGCCCGGCGCCGUUAUCACCGCCUACCUAACUCAACCGAACCGCCGCGUACGCCCGUCGUGUCCUGCGCCUCUGAGAUCCAAUCCGAUCAACCGUACGCCACGCCACAAUGUCCCCGUGUCCGACCACAGAUUUCUUCACAGGGUGUUUUUGUUUGUGAAGCACACAUAGUUAGCUCCAAGAACACAACAAACCCAAUACAAUACCAACUUCAUUGGACCAAAUAAUGGACCAUUAUGUAAACAAUGCGGGACCAGUUGAUGACUCAGUAUUGUAUGACCAGGAUAAGCAUGUAUCAAGUGCGGUUUGGGAGGGGCAGGAGCGGGGUGCUCUUAGAUGCCACGAACACACUUCAAGGCUUGACAGGUGGAUGCUCACAGAGAGACAAGUAGAGUUGGUAAAAAAGGCUGGGUUUGGCUACUUAAGAUUGAUACCCGCUAUUAGUUUGGACAAUCCACUUAUUUCAGCUUUGGUGGAGAGAUGGAGGAGAGAAACAAACACGUUCCAUCUCACCGUCGGGGAGAUGACAGUGACACUUGAGGAUGUUGCUUACUUGCUUGGGCUACCAGUUGAUGGUGAACCGGUUAUAGGUGUUACUUAUACUUCGUGUGAGGCAGUGUGCCUCAAGUAUUUGGGUAAAGUACCUAACUCUGGGUACACAAGUGGUGGCAUGGUGAAGCUUAGUUGGUUGAAAGAGACAUUCUCUUUCUGUCCUGAGGGUGCAUCACCCGAAGAUAUUGAGCACCAUACGCGUGCUUACCUUCUUUAUCUCAUUGGUAGCACCAUAUUCUCAACUACCACUGGAAAUAAGGUGCCUGUUAUGUACCUUCCUUUGUUUGACGACUUUGAUGAGGCCGGAAAGUAUGCAUGGGGUGCAGCAGCAUUGUCCUUCUUGUACAGAGCACUUGGAAAUGCCUCUCUUAGGUCUCAGAGCACAAUUAGUGGCUGUUUAACAUUGCUACAGUGCUGGAGUUAUUAUCACCUGAAUGUUGGUCGGCCAAAGCUUAAUCAUGAACCGAUUCAUGAAUGCUUCCCGUUUGUACUUAGGUGGAAAGGAAAACAAAGCAGCCCAACAUCAAACCGUGAUGUAGCAUUCUAUCGGAAAUCAUUGGACUUGUUAAAGCCACCUGAUGUUGAUUGGUGUCCUUAUUCCAACAUAAGCCACAUAGCCGUUCCAGAAAGUAUUAUGAAUACUACGAUUCUUGGAAGAUCAAAGACCAUGCUGAUAUGCUUCGAUAAGGCAGAAAGGCACCUCCCGGAUCGUGUCCUGAGGCAAUUUGGCAUGAACCAAACAAUACCUCAAGAGGUACAAAGAUGGGAGAGGAAGAGCCGUGGAGUGGAUGGUGGGGUAGAUCUCUCAACAAAGAUGGAGUUUGAGCUUAAUGAGUGGUCAAGCCGUCAUCACCAUGUUGUGGAGGCGGAGGAACAUGUGAAGGAAAGUGCAUAUAUGCAAUGGUAUUGGAAUAUCACACGCAGGUUGGUUGGGAGGCCUGUACCCAUCUCUUCAGAGUUCCAAAGAAUGAAUGCUGCACUACGAGAGAUUGCGCAUUUAGCAGACACCCUAUCCACUCACGGGAUGGACGAUCAGCAGAUUCAAGUUGUGUCAAGAAUCCAGUAUGCUGCUCGUGAGUGCUUUAGAGACCACCACCACCAGAGCGGGGGGAGUUCAAUGGUGAUUAUAGCCAACUCGCCCGAUGAUGAGAUUGGGAAACGGGGGAGAGGAAAGGAGAGAAUAAGAAGGAAAGGCACAUCCAAACGCAGAAGAAAAGAGGAGGAGGUGGAUCAAUAUUAUGCCACCGAUGAAAUAAUGGACUGUCUGCCGUCUCCAUUUUCUCCUGCAGCAGCCAUUGAUGCCGAUCUUGCUGACCACCACCUAGAUGCCACAGGUCGUGGAGUUGAUAGUCCUAAACACCUGUAUAUCACAUCCAAUCAUGAGUUCGAUGACAACGAUGGUGGUGAAUUAGUAGCAGCCAGCUUUGGACCCAGGGUUGAUGACGUGGAGAUUUGUGAAGGAGUUGAUGACAGGUUGAGUUAUCAUCAUCAUCAUCAUCAUCAUGGGGCGGCGGGGGCUGACGAGGAAGAUGAACUUGUCCAGAAUGGGGGGAUGGGGGAGGGAAGAGAGGUUGGUUCACUUGAUAUUAUGCAGCCUAGCAUCAUAAUUUAACUAGCCACUGAGUCUUUUGUAGAUGAUUUGUUAAAUUUUCCUUGUCCAGAUAGAUGGAUGGAUGGAUGAGAUAUGGCCACCACCAUUAAAUUAAUUUGACAUGACAUAAAUCUCUAAUGUAUUGUUGGUUAAUUAAAAGCUGAAAUGUGCU